CUAUUCUCACAGCGGCUUAUUAUUAAAUUUUUUUUGUUUAUGUAGGGGUCAAUUUAUUUUAUACUAAAGUUAUAGAUAAAAGACAAUAGAAUUAGUUUAAUAGUCAUUAUGAGUGAGCCAGAAUCUGCCCAAGACUUUCAUGCUACACGUUUAGAAGACAGCAGCAGCGGCGAAGAUGACACAGAUAUGCAUGAAUCUGUGAAACAUCAAGAGCAGGAUGAAUGUCCUCCAAGCACAAAUACAAAUACUGGUGCCGCUACUUCUAAUGAAUACGAUGAAGAUGAGUGGAGAGAAAAUGAAUUCGAAAAUCCACCCGUUGAUGGAAACAUGCGUGUCGUUGCAUCUCACUACAACGAACUAAAGGAGUCUGGGAGAACAGAACGAGUGAAAUCCCGCAUUUUUCAUAUGCGUAAUUUUAAUAAUUGGAUCAAGUCCCAGUUAAUCUCAGAAUACAUAAAACGAAUUAAAACUAAUCAACGUAUGGGUGAUCCAAUGCGAGUAUUGGACAUGUGCUGCGGCAAAGGCGGGGAUUUGCUCAAAUGGGAAAAGGCCAUGAUAACACAUUUGAUAUGCACCGAUAUUGCCGAGGUGUCCGUGGAACAGUGCAAAAGGCGAUAUGAAGACAUCAUUCGAAGAGCAGAACACUCGAAAUUUGCCCACAAAUUUACCGCAGAAUUCUUUGCAUGUGACUCUACACUCGUACGGUUGCGGGAGCGUUUCAAGGAUCCAUCGCUCAAACUGAAUUUGGUUUCGUGUCAGUUUGCGUUUCACUACUCUUUUGAAUCAUUGACACAAGCUGAUUGCAUGGUUCGAAAUGCCGCAGAAUGUUUACAACCUGGAGGUUUCUUCAUAGCAACAAUACCGGAUGCAUUUGAAAUAAUGAAACGUUUACGAGCUUCUCCUAAUGGUCGCAGUUUUGGAAAUGAAGUCUACAAUAUAGAAUUUUGUUCGGAUACAAAUCCACCGCCAUUUUUUGGUGCAAAAUAUCAAUUUCAUUUGGAGGGUGUGGUGGAUUGUCCAGAAUUUUUGGUACACUUCCCAACGUUGGAAAAGUUGUGUCGCAAAUAUGGCUUGAAGUUGGAAAGAAAAACUACUUUUGCCGAUUACUUUAAAGAAAACAUGGAUAAUGGCCGUAAUCUUUUGCAGCGUAUGAGUGGUUUAGAAACUGUAUAUCCAAAUCGUGUUGGAAAUGAUGAACAGUAUGAACAUAUCAAACGUUAUUGUAAAGGCAACACUGGAAGGCCAUAUGGUUCACUUUCGAAAAGUGAAUGGGAGGCAACUACUCUUUAUCUAGUAUGCGCUUUUCGUAAGUGCAAAAAUACUUGGGACUCCCAAGGAAAGCCGGUGUUCGAGUUUGAUUGAUCUGUCUUUGCUUAAAUUAAAUAACUAUGCCUUACAUCGAACACUAGAGCAACCAAAACAUUUUUGUUACAAAUAAAAAAACAAAGACAAAAAUAUAAAUGUAUGUUUUUAAUAUUUUUUUAUUAAUGAAUGCAAGUCAGAUCUACCUAAUUAAAAGUUGGUUUUAUUUCUAAAAAAUCUA